AGCUCAGCCAGCUCAGCCGGCAGGCAGCUGACACUGCGCGCCGCCGCUUGUGCUCCCGCUCGCCCGCCCGCCGGCUACCGUACGCAUGAGCGUGUGACUCGGGGCUUGGCGCGUUUCGACCCGCGUGACAUGGACGUGAAUGAGCACCGGCCGUACCGCUCGCUGACCCAGAGCCGCAUGGGGAAGGAGCCGCGCCACCUGGGCCCCUCCAUGGAUGCGCAGGGUUGCCGUGGACAGCCACCGCACCGGCUGCACAGCGAGGAGUGCAUCGCCCUGCCCAAGAAGUCCUACAGCUCCAGCGAGACCCUCAAGGCCUACGAUCAGGAGAACCGCUUGCUCUACGACAGGGAGGAGGAGCUGUCUCAGCAAGAUCGCCUGGCGAGGCUUUGGGGCAGGGAGGUGACGGGUGGAAACUCCUGCGUUUCCAGCCGAGCCAACUCGGUCCUCACUCUCACCGACACGGAACACGACAACAAGUCCGACAACGAGACGGACCCGUUGACUCCAUCCAGCCACCAGCAGCCGUCCACGAUGCGUCCGCCGCUGCCACCGCACCCCAACGAGCGCGCUCAACACAAGCUCGUCCACGCGCCCAGCCAGCACCUGCCGCACACCUCCAGCCCCCAGCAGUCCUUGCACGCGCCCCACGCCGCCACCAGCAAGCACCACAAGGCGCCGGGGCUCCAGCAGCAGCAACAGCAGCAGCAGCACGGCCGUCGCGCGUCGGGGCAGCUGGAGCAGCAGCAGCAGCAAGCCUCCUCCGUUGCCCCCACGCACCACAACUCGCUUGGCGCACGCAGCUCCCUGCGCGAGCGACGCGGAUCCCGGCAGGUGUCCGUGCAGCCCUUCCGAGCGCCCGAGCCUCUGCACCUGCGGGAGAGCUGGGAGCUCGUGAGCAUCCCUCUCGACAGCAGGACGACGGGGAAGCAGGCAGGCAUGGAGAAUGGGCAGGAGGGCCUCAUAGAGAUGGCUGUGUUCUCUCCGGCAUACCAGGACCUCAGCUACGGCGAUGGCCACUUUGCAUUUAAGGUGGGCACCAGCUCCACCCCGCUGUUCGGCACGACGGGGCCCGGCUACCCGCUGGGCUCCAACACGGUCUACUCCACCCCACCGCGCCCGCUCCCUCGCGGAACUUUCCCCCGCGCCGCCCCCUCGCUCAAGCCGGCGCCCAGCGCCUGCAGCUGGAGGUGCACCGCCCUGGUCGCCAUCUCGCUGGCCCUCGCGCUCACGGUCCUGCUCUCCUACUUCGUCGUGCUGCACGUGUACGGGCUUGACUGGCGCCUGCAGCGACCCGUGGAGGAGGGAGCUGCCGGAAGUCCUGAUGGCCCGACCAGAGGUCCCGUCGUUUUCCCUGGAAGAGGCAAGGCUGGAGGCUCCUCAAUGGAGGUUUCCCUGGACAGUGGGAGGUUGGACCCGGGGCAGGUGGUUGUCCAGGAUGUUCCUCCUGGAGAGUUCUGGAGGUCUCACCUGCACGUCUCCCAGCCACAGUUCUUCAGCUUUAACAUUUCAAUCGACCUGGACGCAGCACUUGGCUUCUAUGGACGUAAAGGGCUCCUUCCCACGCACACGCAGUACGACUUCGUGGAGGUGCUCGACGGCAAGCGGCUGGGCCGGGCCAGACGGAGUGCCACAAGCAGCCCCCACGCUGGCUUCACGCAGUACCUGCAGGCCGGCGUUUGGCACCUCGCCCUCUACAACGACGGCGCAGACAAGGAGCACGUGGCCCUCGCUGCCAACGUCGCAGAUGCAGUCGGAGGUUGUCCUGGAGGCUGCCACGGCAACGGGGUGUGUCUGGCUGGGAUCUGCCACUGUAACCAAGGAUUCCUGCCUCCGCACUGCUCGCGAGCCUCGUGCCCGGUCCUGUGCAGCGGGCACGGGCAGUACUGUCGCGGGCGCUGCCUCUGCCACAGCGGCUGGAAGGGCGCGGAGUGCGACAUCCCGGCGUGGCAGUGCACCAACCCGGCGUGCGGGGGCCAUGGCUCCUGCAUCACCGGCGUCUGUGUCUGCAAUUCGGGCUACACGGGUGAAAGCUGCGAGGAAGUGAUGUGUCCACAUCCAACGUGCUCCGGCAAAGGGGUGUGCGUCCAUGGGACGUGCAUCUGCCUGUCGGGCUGGGGAGGCCCCAGCUGUGAGACCCGCAAGCCGAUGUGCGCCGAGCAGUGCUCAGGACACGGCCUCUACCUGUCGGAACUCAACACGUGCAGCUGUGAUGCCAGAUUCACGGGCGCCGACUGCUCGACUGAGCUGUGCCCCGUGGACUGCGGUGCCCAUGGCGUGUGCAUCGGCGGGAGCUGCCACUGCCAAGAAGGCUGGGGUGGCGAGACGUGCGACCAGAAGGCCUGCCACCGCCACUGCGCCGAGCAUGGCGCCUGCCGGGACGGGAAGUGCGAGUGCAACCAGGGCUGGAAUGGGGAGCACUGCUCUGUCGAAGGUUGCCCGGCAAUGUGCAGCGGUAACGGAGAGUGCCGGCUGGCGCAGGGCAGCUGGCUGUGCGUCUGCGUGCCUGGCUGGAGAGGACCGGGCUGUGACACCUCCAUGGAGACCAACUGCGGGGACGGAGAGGAUAAUGACGGAGAUGGCCUGGCGGAUUGCGUCGACCCGGAUUGCUGUGGCCUCCCGGCAUGCCAGGCUCACAGCUUGUGCCAGGGGUCCCCAGACCCAAGGGCCCUCCUCCCUGAGCCUCCCAUGGCCUCUCUGAGCCGGCCACCGCCUGGGCCCGCAGCUACCUUCUAUGAGCGCAUGCGCUUCCUGCUGGGCACAACGCAUCUCAUCCCCGGCGGGAACCCGUUCCUCGGCCGGAGUGCCGUCGUGGUACGGGGAGUGGUGCAGACCUCGGAGGGAUUUCCUCUCGUUGGCGUGAACAUCACCUUCCUUAAUGUCCCACAGCACGGUUACACGCUCACCCGACAGGACGGCUCAUUCGACCUGAUGGCGAGUGGUGGUGUCGCGUCCACCCUGCAGUUUGAGAGGCCGCCCUUCCCCACGCAGUUGCGCACUCUCUGGCUGCCGUGGGACCACUUUGUCGUUAUGGAGACGGUGGUGAUGCGGCGAGAGGAGAACGAGAUCCCCACGUGCGACGUGAGCGGCUUGCCGCGGCCCGCGCCGCUGCUGCUGCCCUCUCUGCUGCCCUCGGGACCCGGGGCGUGCGAGCCCUCGGGCACCGUCGUGCCCGAGAUACAGGCUGUCCAGGACGUCAUCCCUCUACCCGGUAGCGACCUCCAGCUGGUCUACCUGAGCAGCCGUGCAGUGGGCUACAAGUCUCUGCUCACCAUCAUCCUCACGCCAGCCUCCAUCCCCUUCAACCUGCUCAAAGUGCACCUCACCGUCGCGGUGGAGGGCCGGCUCUUCCACACGUGGUUCCCGGCGACGCCUGGCCUGCGGCACACCUUCCAGUGGGACAGCACCGACGCCUACGGACAGCCCGUCACGGGACAUGCCCAGGCUUUGGUGUCCGUGGGCUACGAGUACGAGCCGUGCCCCACGCUGGUGAUUUGGGAGCGACGCAGCGCGGUGUUGCCGGCCCUCACGGUGGACUCGGCCAGGCUGGGAGGAUGGACUCUCAGCAACCACCAUGUGUUCGAUGUACACAGCAGCACGGUGCACAAAGGCAGCGGGGAGAGCGUGCUGGUGUGGCAGCUGCCCCCUGUGAUCUCCAGCGUCAUGGGCAACGGGCGCCGACGCAGCAUCUCCUGCCCCAGCUGCAACGGCGUCGCCGAGGGCAACAAGUUGCUGGCCCCCAUGGGCCUGGCGUGCGCGCCCGACGGCAGCCUCUACGUCGGUGACUUUAACUUCGUGCGACGCAUCCUUCCUUCGGGAAAUGUCACUAGCGUCUUUGAAUUGCGGAAUAAAGAUUUCAGGCACAGCACAAAUCCCACGCACCGCUACUACCUGGCCGUGGACCCGGUGAGCGGCUGGCUCUACCUGUCGGACACCAGCAGCCGGAAGAUCUACCGCGUGCGCUCCGCUCCGGGUGACGGCGCCGACCCCGUGGUGGGCGGGGAGGUGGUGGCUGGCACCGGCGAGCAGUGCCUGCCUCUGGACGAGACGCGCUGCGGAGACGGCGGCAGGGCCCUCAACGCCUCUCUCGCCAACCCGCGGGGGAUUGCUGUGGAUAAGCACGGUUACAUUUUCUUUGUGGAUGGGUCAAUGAUCAGGAAGAUUGAUGAGAAUGAAAUCAUUUCGACGGUGAUGGGAUUCAAUGACCUGCAGGCUGGCCUCUCGCUCAGCUGUGAUUCCACCAUGGAGAUGUCGAAGAUCCGAUUGGAGUGGCCUACGGCCUUGACCAUUAGUCCUCUGGACAAUUCCCUCUACAUCCUGGACAACAACGUCGUACUGCAGGUGACAGAGGACCACCAGGUCCGCGUGGUCGUGGGCCGCCCCGUUCACUGCCCGUUCCACUCGACCGAGCAGCCGUGGCCGAUCCGUGUGGCUCGCCACGCGACGCUGCAGGCCCCGACGGCCCUCGCCGUGUCCCACGCCGGCGUGCUCUACAUCAGCGAGACGGACGAGAAGAGGAUCCACCAGGUGUGGCAGGUGUCCAGCGAUGGCGAGAUGUCACUGCUCGCCGGCGCCACCGUGGACUGCGACUGCAACGGCGACAUGAGCUGCGAAUGCUUCGCCGGCGAGGAGGGCUACGCCAAGGACGCCCGGCUCAACUCCCCGACUGCCCUGGCCGUGUGCCCCGACGCGACGCUCUACAUCGCUGACCUGGGCAACAUCCGCAUCCGCGCCGUCAGGCAGAACCGCCCCGCGACGGUCGCCGACGGCAAGUACGAGAUCGCGUCGCCCGCCGACCAGGAGGUGUACGUGUUCAGCGAGGAGGGGUUGCACCUGCGCACGCAGAGCCUGGUGAGCGGCGACGUCCUGUACAGCUUCAGCUACAGCGCCGAGCGGGAGUUGGUCGGUGUGAGCAGCAGCAGCGGGCGGACGGCGAGGAUCCGCCGCGACUCCGGCGGCGCGCCCCUGCGCAUCGUGCUCGACGACUCGCUCUACCUGACGCUGACGCUCAACGUGAACGGCGCGCUCAAGGGCGUGGCCGCCCCGGGGGCCGAACUGGCCUUCCUCACCUACCACGGCAGCUCCGGCCUGCUGGCCACCAGGAGCGACGAGAACGGCUGGACCACCUUCUACACCUACGACAGCACGGGACGCCUAACCAACGUGACGUCGCCGACCGGCGUGGUGAGCAGCCUGCGGGCCGAGGCGGGCGGCUCGUGGCACCGCGUCCACGUGGACUCCUCGGGGGCCGACGAGGACCUCACCCUCACCACGAACCUGUCGCGCGUCGACAUCGUCUACAGCCUUGACCGCGGCACGAUGAACACGCGCUACGUGAUGGGCUACGACGGCUCGCUGCGCAUGCUCUACCCCGACGGGCUGGAGCUCGGGCUGCAGAUGGAGCCGCACGUCCUCGCCGGCACCAGCAGCCCCACCGCCAGCCGGCGCAACCUCAGCCUCCCUGCCGACGGCGGCUCCAGCAGCGCCGAGUGGCGUCUGCGUAAAGAGCAGAGCCACGGGCAGGUCGCGGUGCUUGGACGCAAGCUCAGGGUGAAUGGACGAAACAUCCUGUCCAUCGAUUUCGACCGCGAGACGCGGACGGAGAAGAUCUACGACGACCACCGCAAGUUCCAGCUGCGCGUGGUGUACGGCCCGCUUGGCCUGCCCUCGCUCUGGCUGCCGGGCGACAAGCUGACGGCGCUGAACGUCACGUACUCGGAGCGCGGCCGUGUCGCGGGCCUUCAGUGGGGCUCCAUGGUGGAGCACGACCACUACGACAGCCUCGGGCGCGUGGUCACGCGCGUCUUCGCCGACGGAAAAACCUGGAGCUACACCUACCUUGAGAAGUCCAUGGUGCUGCUGCUGCAGAGCCAGCGGCAGUACAUAUUCGAGUUCGACGCGGCAGACCGCCUGGUGUCCGUCACCAUGCCGAGCGUGGCGCGGCACACCCUGGGCACCGUGCGCUCCAUUGGCUACUACCGCAACGUCUACCUGCCGCCCGAGAGCAACGCGUCAGUGUUCCAGGACUUCAGCGAGGACGGGCUGCUCCUGCAGACGGCCUUCAUGGGCACGGGCAGGCGGGUGCUCUACAAGUACGCCAAGCAGUCCCGCCUGUCCGAGAUCCUGUACGACGGCACACACGUGACCUUCUCGCACGACGACGCAACCGGAAUGCUCAAGCUCGUCAACCUGCAGGACAGCACGUUCACGAGCGCGAUACGCUUCCGCCUCGUGGGGCCCCUGCUAAACCGACAGAUCGUCCGCUUUGGAGAGGAGGGGAUGGUGAACGCGCGCUUCGACUACAGCUUCGACUCCGUCUUCCGCAUCGCCAGCAUGCAGGUGGUGAUCAAUGAGACGCCACUGCCCAUAGAUCUCUACCAGUACGACGACAUCUCCGGCAAGGUGGAGCAGUUCGGGAAGUUUGCAGUCAUUUACUUCGACAUCCACCAGAUCAUCACCACGGCCGCCAUGACUCUCACCAAACACUUCGACUCGUUCGGCCGACUCAAAGAGGUGCAGUACGAAGUCUACAGGUCGCUCAUGUUCUGGAUGGUCUUGAACUACGACGCCAUGGGCAGGGUGGCCAAAUGCGAGCUUAAAAUCGGGCCCUACGCCAACACGACAAAGCUCGCCUACGAGUACGACACGGACGGACAGCUCCAUAGCGUGUCCAUCAACAACCGGCAGAGCUGGAAGUACAGCUACGACCUGAACGGCAACCUGCACCUGCUGAACCCGGGUAACAGCGCCCGCCUGACGCCGCUGCGCUACGACCUGCGCGACCGCGUGAGCCGCCUGGGCGACAUGCGUUACGUGUUGGACGACGACGGCUUCCUCAGGCAGCGCGGCAGCGAGCUCUUCGAGUACAACUCCAACGGCCUGCUCAUGCAGGUGUACAGCAAGGCCAGCGGCUGGAGCGUGCAGUACCGCUACGACGGGCUCGGGCGGCGCGUGUCGCGCAAGACUAACUUCCGGCAGCACCUGCAGUACUUCUACGCCGACCUCGCCAAUCCGGGCCGGGUCACGCACAUGUACAACCACACCAACUCGGAGAUCAUCACGCUCUACUACGACCUGCAGGGCCACCUCUUCUCCGUGGAGCUCAACAGCGGCGACGAGUACUACGUGGCCACCGACGGCAUGGGCACACCCCUGGCCGUCUUCGACAAUGCGGGGCAGGUGGUGCGCUACCUGCAGUACACGGCCUACGGGGAGAUCUACUCUGACUCCAACCCAGACUUCCAGCUGCCCAUCGGCUUCCACGGAGGCCUCUACGACCCGCUCACCAUGCUGGUGCACUUCGGCUGGAAGGACUACGAUGUACUCACCGGCCGCUGGACGUCACCCGAGAUCGAGCUGUGGAAGGAGGUCAGCGCCCAGCCGAAGCCGUUCAACCUCUACAUGUUUCAGAACAACAACCCAGUGAGCGUUGGGCGGGAUGCGCACCGAUACGUCACAGACGUGAACAGCUGGUUGCAGACGUUCGGCUUCCAGCUGCACAAUGUGGUCGCUGGCUACCCCAAGCUCAGGACAGAGUCCUAUGAACCUUCCCACCGGCUGAAGACAACGCUGGCACCUGCGAGUUCAAAGAGCCUGUCCUGGGUGGAGUGUCUUGCGAACAAACAGCUCAAGGCCUUCUUGUCGCUGAAAAGCCUUCCUCCCCACUGGGAACCCUGCCGGCCUGGCCAGAGACAGAAGUCCUCCCAGCGGUGGUUCACACCCAUGAGCUCCCUUCUGGGCAAGGGCGUGAUGAUCGCAAACAACCACGGACAGAUUUACACGGACAUCAUCAACAUCGCAAGCGAGGACUGCCGAAAGAUCGCCACGGUCCUCAACAGCUCACACUACCUGGAGCGCUUCCACUUCACAGUGGACGGCAAGGACACGCACUACUUCGUGAAGAGCGGCUCGUCCGACUGGGACCUGGCCGUCCUGGGCGUGAGCAGCGGCCACAAGCUGCUGGAGAACGGCGCCAACGUGAGCAUCUCGCAGUCGACCGCCAUCGUGAACGGCCGCAGCCGCCGCUACAUGGACGUGUCGCUGUCGGUCGACGCGCUCCUCCUCAACGUGCGCUACGGCGCGUCGCCGGACGAGGAGCGGGCGCGCGUCCUGGAACAGGCGCGGCAGCGCGCCCUCGGUCAGGCGUGGGCGCACGAGCAGCAGCGUGUGCGGGACGGCGAAGAGGGCGGCCGCCAGUGGAGCGACGGGGAGAAGCGGCAGCUGCUGGGCGCGGGACGGGUGGCCGGCUACGAGGGCUUCUACAUCCUGCCCGUCAACCAGUUUCCAGAGUUGGCCGACAGCGCCAACAACGUCCAGUUUCUCCGGCAGACUGAGAUUGGCAGGAGGUAAAAAAAAAAAAAAUUGGGGGGGGAGAGAGAAAAAAAUGUGCGCGUAAGAACGUAGUGAAAAUGUUCCCUGCCGGCAUUCAGACAUGCCAAAGACAGCCCAGGUGGACUGCACAGAGUAGUUGCACAGUGUGAUGGGGGUUAUUUAAAAAAAAAGCACUACAGUUUUACACUGGUGACUAUGAGUUUAACUAAUUUAGUUGUGAUGUAAAAAUUACAUAUAUAUACUGUAUAUAUAUCACCUGGCACUUCAUUGUUGAAGUUCUGCAAAUAUGUAAAUGUAUUUUUACAGCAGAGAAACUGUGGUAUCACUUUUUUCAGGGUAGGGGUGACCGUUAUGCUUUUGCCUUCAGCUAAAAUAGAUGUUUAUAAUAUUGUAACUGGUUACACAUCAAUCAAACGUGUUGGAGAUAAGGGCACCGCCGCACCUGACAAACGGGGUUGACGCCGAGGAGGACUGCAUUGGCAGCAGAGGAAAAUCCCUGACCGUUUCCCAUUCAAUUAUUUACCUGGCACCAGUCUACAAAAGAAGCUCUAAUCAACUUGCUGCGGCUGCUCUGCAUCGGUGGUGAGAGAGAGAGAGGGGGGGGGGGAGCUGAGAAUGAGGGUGGGUGGUUUCUAUACCGACUGGAUGACUCGUGACACAAAGAGCAAGAAUCCUAAAAUAUUGAAAACAAAUUCCCAGCCACUCGUGCCGACUUCCAACUCCCCUCUGCGCCACGUGUCAUCCACACGUCUCUCAAAAGUUCCCAGACUUCAAUUCGGUUCACCAGCGUCUUCUGCCGUGGGUAUCCAAUAAAUAGAGUUGAAAGUUGGAGCUAUUGCACGUAGCAGAAGUGUGGCUCCGUGCCAGACUGUUGUUGAUUACUCUGAUCCACCAAACACCUGUCAAGCAUACGCACUCGUCGCAUGUAUACACCGGAUAGAAUCCCCAGACUGCUGCAGCUUCAGCGCUUAAGAGAGGAGUGUGCCACUUUGUGCAGGGGUGACUCAGGAAAUGCAUUUUUGAUUUAUAAAGCCAUGCUGCAUGUUUGUCAACGUGUUUGGUGGACCCGUAACCAGAUGAUGGGCGUGUGAAACCCUGCGUCGCCCCUCCGUGUAGCUGAAGAAGAACAAUAUGCCACGACUCAACAAGACAAUGCAUAACCUUUCAUCUGCGCGAGACAACUACUGAAAGACGUUUUCUAGUUCGGGGUGACGCAGGACCGGGUGAGAUUUGUAGAACCCUUGUGUGUGUUUGGCUUUUUAAAUUCUACAAGAUUGAAAAUACUGUGAUGGCACUUUUAAUGUGUUGGGUGCUUUAAAGAACAUUACAUUGUAAAAAAUUAAAAUCAAUCUGUGUGUGUAUCUGUGUUCAAAUUACAGUGAGCUUUGCACCUAGAAACCUGUUUUUUUCUCGUGAAAUAUUAUCGUCUAAUUUUGGGGAAUUUAAAAGCUUUGACUUUGUGAUAACAUUCGUGCAGGCGUAAAGAUGUCCCAAGACGAACUGAACACAGUUCAGCAGCAGAUUUUGUGAAAUAGUAUAGCCUGCAAUAUCUAAUACCACAUGGUGCACAUCAUGCAUACAUGCACAUAACCAAUUCUCGAUUGCAGUGGGUGGUUAUAAUUUCUACACUUUUCUUAAUUCACAAAUGCGAUGCAAAACAAGACACUUGACAAACUGAGAACCUUUAAUUAAGAUGCUAAAUCACCACCAGUCUGAGCAUGGCUGGAGCUUGCUGUGAAGAUCUGUAUAUCCUUUCAGUAUAAUUAUAUUAUCACUAAUCCACAGACUGGAUAUUUGCAGCUUUAGGACUCCAACCACAGCGAAUGAGCCUAAAGCAAAUUAACGUUUCGUUGAUUUCUUUAAUUUAACAAGCACAGCGAAUUUUAAAGAUGUCGGGGCGAGCUUGUCUUAUUUUAGAAUGGUUUUUGUUGAGCCAUAUUUUCAGGACGUUUGUCUUCGAGAAUAGUAGCCGCCAGUUUAAUACACUGAUUAAACAAAAACAUGUUGAUAUCAAACCUUGGCACAAUAUUUAAUAAAAUCCAGUUAUUCACGAACACAUUAACGGUGAGAAAAUUGGUGUUAGGUUUCAUCUGCAAGCUGUGGCAGGAAGAUGUUUUCAAUGGGUGGCAGCUUACGCAAUGAUAUGCCUAAAUGUACACUUGUGUAUAGAUUUUUAAUUGCUUUCGGAAUCUCAAACAGGUUAGAAAUAUAGUUCCAAAAAUAGAAAAACUUAGGAGUGUUAAAAAUGUGUUUUUCAUUGGAAUAGCUGUCCAUACUUUUGUUAAUUUUUUCAAGUUGGUUUUCAUUCACCGGUAGCUCAAUGUGUAAUAUUUUGUAUAAAAAGUCUGAAAAUGGCAGUCAAUGGAUAAUUUGCCAUUUUUUUUUACUAGGAUUUGCCAAGACUAAACAUUUUGUAAACCAUUGCUUGUCAUUAACACGCUACUGCUUCAUUAUGUUCAUGUUAAAAUGCCGUACUUAAAAUAAAAUAUUUAAGGAAAU